GCCUGGCCUGCACCAUGUUUAACGUGGAGAGCCUCGAGCGGGCCGAGCUGGGAGAGAGCCUGCUCACCUGGAUCCAGACAUUCAACGUUGAAGCACCCUGCCAAACUGUAGAAGAUUUAACCAAUGGAGUGGUGAUGGCCCAAGUUCUUCAAAAAAUAGAUCCGGCGUAUUUUGAUGAAAACUGGUUAAACAGAAUCAAAACAGAAGUAGGAGACAAUUGGAGACUGAAGGUAAGCAAUCUGAAGAAAAUUUUAAAAGGAAUUUUGGAUUACAAUCAUGAGAUUUUGGGACAGCAAAUCAAUGAUUUUACCCUUCCUGAUGUUAACUUGAUUGGGGAGCAUUCAGAUGCUGCUGAGCUGGGAAGAAUGCUUCAGCUCAUUCUGGGAUGUGCUGUGAACUGUGAACAAAAACAAGAAUAUAUCCAGACCAUCAUGAUGAUGGAGGAGUCUGUUCAACAUGUAGUCAUGACAGCCAUCCAGGAGUUGAUGAGUAAAGAAUCUCCAGUCUCUGCUGGAAAUGAUGCUUACGUUGAUCUUGAUCGCCAGCUGAAGAAAACUACCGAAGAAUUAAAUGACGCCUUAGCAACCAAAGAAGAAAUUGCCCAGAGAUGCCAUGAACUGGAUAUGCAGGUUGCUGCACUGCAAGAGGAGAAAAGUAGCUUGCUGGCUGAGAAUCAGAUCUUGAUGGAACGCUUGAAUCAGUCAGAUUCCAUAGAAGACCCCAACAGCCCGGCAGGACGUAGACACCUGCAACUACAGACACAGUUAGAACAGCUCCAAGAGGAAACCUUCAGAUUAGAAGCAGCAAAGGACGAUUAUCGAAUUCGUUGCGAAGAGUUAGAGAAGGAAAUUGCAGAAUUGCGACAACAGAAUGAAGAAUUAACAAAUCUCGCAGAAGAAGCUCAGUCUUUGAAGGACGAGAUGGACGUACUAAGGCAUUCCUCCGAUAAAGUCGCCAAGUUAGAAAGCCAGGUGGAAUCCUAUAAAAAGAAGUUGGAAGAUCUUGCGGAUCUUCGGCGUCAGGUGAAACUCUUGGAGGAGAAGAACACAAUGUACAUGCAGAACACUGUAAGCCUGGAAGAAGAACUCAGGAAAGCCAAUGCAGCCCGGAGUCAGCUGGAAACGUAUAAGAGACAGGUAGUUGAACUCCAGAAUAGAUUGUCUGAAGAAUCCAAGAAGGCAGACAAGUUAGAAUUUGAGUUCAAGAUGCUGAAAGAAAAAGUAGACAGCCUACAAAAAGAAAAAGAUCGGCUAAGGACAGAGAGAGACUCCCUAAAAGAAACGAUUGAAGAGAUUCGGUGUGUACAAGCACAAGAGGGACAGCUUACCACUUCAGGAUUAUUGCCACUGGAAGGCCAGGAGUCUUCAGAUAGUUUAGCGGCAGAAAUCGGUAUCCCUGAAAUCAAGGAAAAACUCAUUCGCCUUCAGCAUGAAAAUAAAGUGCUAAAGCUUAACCAGGAAGGGUCUGAUAAUGAAAAGAUUGCCCUGUUGCAAAGCCUCCUGGAUGACGCCAAUCUCCGGAAGAAUGAAUUGGAGACGGAAAACAGGCUUGUAAAUCAGAGACUGCUCGAAGUACAGUCUCAAGUUGAAGAACUGCAAAAAUCUUUACAGGAACAAGGUUCAAAAGCUGAAGAUUCUGUCAUUCUGAAGAAGAAACUUGAUGAACACCUCGAAAAGCUGCACGAAGCUAAUAAUGAGCUACAGAAAAAACGUGCAAUCAUUGAAGAUCUAGAACCUCGAUAUAACAACAGUUCCCUCAAGAUAGAAGAAUUACAAGAAGCUUUACGGAAAAAAGAAGAAGAAAUGAAGCAAAUGGAAGAGCGGUACAAAAAGUACUUGGAAAAGGCCAAAAGCGUUAUCCGUACCUUAGACCCCAAGCAGAACCAGGGCUCAGGACCAGAGAUCCAGGCUCUAAAGAAUCAGCUGCAGGAACGUGACAGGAUGUACCAUUCUUUAGAGAAAGAAUUUGAAAAAACAAAGACUCAAAGAGAAACAGAAGAAAAAUACAUCGUCAGUGCCUGGUACAACAUGGGGAUGACUCUUCAUAAAAAAGCAGCAGAAGACAGACUUGCCAGCACGGGUUCCGGACAGUCCUUCCUGGCUAGACAAAGGCAAGCCACCAGCACGAGAAGAGCUUAUCCAGGCCACGUCCAGCCAGCCACGGCAAGGUAGAGGGAAGCAUUGCCUUUUGAUAGGAAGCCAUCCUGGGAUCAAGACCCACUUGUGUGGCAAGGGACAGCAUUUCAG